AUGGCCAAAUUGCUCCUUCUGGUUGUGGGCAUUACAGCCCUAGUGCUGUCAACACAUGGCGCCUCCACGCCGCAGCUGCAACGGCUGAUUGCAGAGGAGCAGAGCAAGUGCGUCAGCGGCCAAGAUUCGAUGGCGUGCAUCAAAGAGCGCGCCAUGCGUUUUGUGGACAAUGUGCUGAGCCAAGAUAGCUAUAAGCUUUCCAAUUUGGAGGUUCGCACCAAUGGCCAACGGGUGGCGCCCAUUAGCGAGGCACGCGCCAGCACCAGCGAUGGUUUCCUCGAUGCCAUCGAGAACUAUAUCAAGGGGCACGAUGUGAGCAUGAGUCUGCCCAUGGCCGAUGCCAAGAUCACCGUCUCGGCACGUAAUCUGGCCAAUGACGAGCUGAGCUUGAACUUGCAGCUGAAUAAUGAGGAUGCUGAUGCCAGCGAUAUCGAAGCCAGGGGUAAGAAGGGCAACAUCUUCAAGAAGGGCAAGAAGCAUCGUCUACGCAAACUGGCCAUGCCCAUUUUGGUGCUCAUUUUGUUGAAGGCAAUCACCGUGAUUCCAAUGGCAAUUGGCAUACUGAAGAUAAAGGCAUUCAAUGCGCUGGCUUUGGGCUUCUUCUCGUUUAUUGUCUCGGUUGGUUUGGCCAUUUUCCAAUUGUGCAAAAAGAUUGCUCAUGAUCAUCAUCACACCGCACAUAUUACCGCCCACGGUCCGUGGGAUGGUCGCAAUUUUGGUGCGCCUGUUGUGGAGCAGCCCCAUCCCCAAUUGGCCGCCCAUCAGCUGGCCUAUCAGGCCCAUGUCUAAUAAUCUAAACCCAAAAAUCCUGAAGCCACACAACAGCCCUAGAAA